AUGUCGGAAUGGAGUGGAUUUUACUACGCUUCUACCAACCCCUUACCCACCUUUGCUCGACGGACAAAGGCUGAAAAGGAGUGGCAGCGCCCUGAAACUCCCCCACGAUCCAACUUGGCUUCACAAGACAUCAAGCUCAACACAAGACGUCCCUUUCGGCAUACGAGGACCUCUAGUGCCAGUGGGAGUCAGGAUAGCAGUAGUCGCUCGUCGCACGAGUCGUCUCUCGUGCAUUCCAGCUCCAGCCCCAUAACCAAAAGCGGCCCCGCCCUGGGGGAAGACAAUUCUCAUUACUCGCACUCAAAAGUCCAAUCAUCUGACUCGCGCCGACAAUCUUCGACAACAUCGACGUCAACUUCAAAUAGACCUCGUCUUAUCUCAACUUCAACCGCCAGAGGCGCAACAGCACCUUUGUCCUCUCCUAUUAUAUUCAAUCGCCCAGUUAUCAUCGACAAAUCACGAGAACGCGAGCUUCUAUCCCGUCAUUCAGGCGCGACUACUCCAACUUCCGGCUCCAUUGACUUGAAAAAUGUCACCAUGUACUCCCAGCUGGAAGCAGGCAACAAACCUAUGUCAGGGACAACCAAGCAAAUAAAUCUCGAUUUUCCUCGAACCGAGUCCGUGUCUUCCACAAGCGGCAACACGACAAUCUCAAACCACACAAUGACUUCAACAGAUCCCUCUAACUCGUCCGAUUCUGCGACGAAACCAUUUAUCGUCAAAAAUGGCCGCACUUACUUCAACGAACCUACAUCGGCAUAUCCUCUCCCUACCGAUCUUACGGAGCUCCAUCGCCAAAGCUUGCGAACGCUCUUGAUGAUUCAGGUUUAUGGUGCACCCGUCUACACACCCUUCAUCCAAAACAAUCCUCCACAGCGUGUAUUGGAAAUUGGUUGUGGCACAGGUUUCUGGAGUAUGAUGUGCCAUCGCUACUACAAAGACCGGGGCCACACUGGCAUACACUUUACAGGUAUCGACAUCGCGCCUUUGGCACCGGGCAGCCCAGGAUCUCCCGCCGAGCUCUGCAAACCAGACAAGGACAUGAAGUGGAGGUUCAUUCAACACGAUCUUCGUCAGAGGCCAUGGCCUUUUGGUGAUGAAGAGUUUGACUUGAUCAUGGUAAAAGAUGCAUGCCUCAUGGUCCCCAGUCAUGUCUACCAACUGUUCAUUGAAGAGUAUCUGCGCCUGCUCAGACCUGGUGGAGUACUGGAGAUUUGGGACAGUGAUCCAACAUUUAGAAUGUUGCGACCACAUGUCCCGAGCGCUUUACCAGGCUCAGAGGAGGCAGAGGAGCACGAAGCUGCGCUCGAUCUGGGCGCCUACCUCAUGACAUCAAAAACGCCACUCUCUGCGCCAUUGAACUCAUUUCUAGUCGAGUACAACACAUGGCUGUCGCGAACUCUCGAGGGUCGGCAACUUUCGCCCGUACCAUGCUCUCUUAUUAGCGCUUUCCUUCACCAAGAGGCAGAAGAUAUGAUGGACAUCAAGUCGAAACGCCUGGCCAUUCCAUUAAGCGAAGUUAGAUGGGAGCGCGAAGGCGUAGGUGGUGUUGUCACCAAAGAUGGCAAGUCGUAUGUGGAGAUGAAGGCCAAAUCAGCACCAAACCAAAAAGUCGAAAAGAAGACAUUGACUCCUGGACAAUCUGCGUUGCGCAAAACGGCGCUUUUGACUGUUGCGCAGCAAGUGUCAGCACUUGAACCUAUUCUCCGAGACGCGAGCGGCAAGAGCCAAGAUGAGUGGGAUGCCUGGGUAGCCAAAAUGAUGGCGGAUCUGAUGAGCGAAAGUGGAACAAGCUGGGGAGAAUGUCUCGAGUUAGGAGUAUGGUCAGCGAGGAAGAGGCUGCGCAAGGGCGAAUCUUGA